AUGGACCCUUCUACAUCAGCCACAACCACUGUCAGAAAGGGUAAACCAAGGCAGAAGCGAUGGGCUCCUAGAACAAGAACAGGCUGUAUCACUUGCAAAAUUCGUCGCAUCAAAUGUGAUGAGGCCAAACCAAAUUGCCAGAAAUGCGUGUCGACCGGACGGCGCUGCGACGGGUACGAGCCGAUCCGCCCGCCGCCUCAUUUGAUGCUAAUGCCGUCUGCCUGGGAUUUUAUCUCCGACGAUUCCACCGAACUCGACAACUUCUCAUUCUUCCAGUCCGUGACCACCUCCACCCUGGCCGAGUUUUUCGAUCCCGGAUUCUGGUCCAAUCAACUGUUGCGGUUCGCCCACCAUUAUCCGGCCCUGUGGCACGGCAUGACCGCUCUAGCCUGCCUGCACCGGGACUAUGUCGGUCAGGAUGUUCGCUUCACUCCAGCGGGAGAGAGGGAGAUUCGCAGCAAGAAAUUUGCUUUGAAACAGUACAACAAAUCGAUCCAGGCGCUGUCCGAAUUGUGCUCCAAGCCGGUUCUGAGCCUCGAGGAUCGCAUCGUGGUGCUAGCCACCUGUGCAAUCUUCUCGUCGAUGUGCGUUUUGCAAAGCCUGCAGCAUCAGGCCUACAUGCACAUUCGCAAUGGCCUGAAGAUUAUCUCCGAAUGGGAGGUUGACUACCAGGAAGUGACCGUGUGCGGAGACUACGUGGCUGCCAGCAUGUUGGUCCUGAUCUUCACCCGGCUCGACUCCCAGGUCAUCCCCUAUAUGUUUGCCUGCGCCGAAUCAAAGACUUGGAUCGACCGUCAGGUAGUCCCGUUGUAUGCGCACGCCACAUUCCUGACUCUCUUCGACGCCUAUGUAGCCAUCGAAGCCAUCUACAAUGGUGUGAUACGGCUGGUGUGGAAGUUCAACAAACGGGGCGCGGACUAUUGCUCUAUUCCUGUCGCAGACCGCGAGGCACAGCUCCAACUUCUACAAGCGUGGGACAACCAACUGGACAUUGUGCUAGAAACGAUGCCGGCGGAUGCCCGGGACUCCAAAGCCGUGGAUCUACUGAUGGUGCGCCGGACGCUUGCCGGACUCUUCUACCAUGUUGACCUCAGUCCCGGCGAAUUGGCAUCCGAUUCUCAUCUUGCAGAGAGUGUGCAGCUCGUGGAGCGGGUGGCGCGGAUUCUGGGAGAUGUGGGCGACGGCCAUCUGCAGCGCAUCAAGGCAGCGUACACUCUCGAGACUGGGAUUGUAGAGCCUCUGUUCUGGGUGGCUGUCCGCUGUCGCGAGCCGCAGGUCCGACAUCGAGCGCUCAGGCUACUUCGUCAGUAUCCCCGCCGGGAGGGCAUCUGCGACGGCGUUGUGGCGGCGCGGACCGUUGAAAAGGUGAUCGAGAUCGAGGAGACGGGUUGUCCCCGAGCACGGGGCGAUCCAAAUAAAGCGAGUCCCUGUACCGAUGGGCAAUGGGUGUGUGAGAACCACCGCGUCACGACGUGGGACUUUGUUUUGCAGUCUGAAAGCCAGGUCGCCGUUAUGUACAAGACUGUCGAGGACUUUGCUCUCGACCGCCCGGGGACAAGAGUGCUUUAUUCGUGGUGGUGA